AGUCGCCUGUGGCAGGUGGUGCUCCGUCAUGUCGGUCGUGUGCAUGCGUAACGAACAAUUUGAAAGGUUUGAAGUCGCCUGCAGCCGAACGGUCACGGCCAUGUAUGCCGAUCCACUGAACCGAACGCACUGCCGCAAACUCAUUCAAAGAUUUCGAAGAGAAAGAAAGCGUGAAGUGAAUGGCCGCUAAGGGGCAGUGACUUUAUCCGAUCGUUGACGAGCUAGAGAGAAGCUCACACUGGCUUAGCUAUCCAUCGUCUCUAACGCAUGGCAACUAGUAUCUAUUCUAGCGGCAUAGCUCCGCCGGAAAGCUCCUCAUCGUCGUCGGCCUCCUCCUCUCGCAGAUCCGCUGCGCAGUCCCACCAUCGACCCUGUGCCCUUGACCUGCCCGGCACUGGUGGCGCAUCGGCUGUCUCCUCCUCCAAGCUGCUUGACGAACUAGCGACCGUUGCCUGCAGUCCGGAAAGUCCGCUGAUGAAAGCCGUCCAGGCGGUCUGGCCCGACUUCAAUCUCUCUCCACUCGACCAUAAGGUAUCCAGCGCCAGUACUCGCCGUACUGUGGGAUCUAACACUGUAAUAUCAUCGCGUGUCAGGGGCACCAGUAGCAGUCCAUUGAAACCGCCUUCGACAACUCAAGUCAAAUCAUUGAGCAGCGCAAGCAAAGUUGCUAAAGGUUCGUCCACCUCCUCCACAUCAUCGUCUCGACGCCACUCCUCCAAUAAUCGGCAUCGCAACGGUAUGGCCAGCAACGAGAACGGAUCCUACAUCGCCAAUGGCAGUUCAUUACCCGCUGUGGCCAGGACCGAGUCUGUGGAGGAUGCCAUCGAGCGUUUCGCCGACAUCCCGCCGGCAGCACUGCGAUGUUUCCAGACAGGAACGACCUUGCUGGCCAUGUUCACCGCAGAACAUGGCAGCGAGCAGUGGAUAUCAACGGAAACACUGCGCCAGGAAUACCCCCAGGACGCGGGGACGUCCGCAGCGAGCAAGGACCUGGCCGAGAUGACCCGCCUUCGUGUGGUCGACUGCCACGCGAUCGGCAGAAAGCCUGGCGAACCUCAAGACCGAGUGAAGCUCACGUUUCUCGUCAUGCCUACCGUGCAUCAGAUUGUGGCGAGCUGUUUCGUUAGUCACCCGUUCCUCGUCGAGAAAAAAGGUUGGACAUCACUCGACCCGAACACGACAUUGGUGCAGGAAGGACUGUCCUGCCAGCAACUGUCGCUAGGAGAUCUGUGCGUCCCCCCGGUAGCAAUGGAGGAGAAUGGCAUCGGACGAGAGGAAAUCAUGGCCGCUGGUAACUGCAGUGAAUCCUCCAGUGGAGAGUACUCAGACGAGGAGGAUGAUGAAAACUCCGAGGAGUCGAAAGCAGCGCGGCUUCUGAGCCAGUUGGCAACCGGCCAGUUGGUCUACUCGUCUCUCGAUGAAGUGCACGUUCCUGAGGAAGAGGAAGAUGACGACGAUGAAGAGGAGGAAGAAAGCCCGAAGCCCACAAAACGCCGCUCUAAGAAGAAGCAGCACCAGGACUACUACGAUGCUGACGAUUUCGAAGUUGCCGAAAGCGAAGGCAGCGACGAUUAUGAUUACGCGACUGAAACAAAAGUCAAGCCGUCUAAGAAGAAGGCAGCGAUCAGCAAGCGACCCAAACUUCCUAAGAAGAAACAGAAGAAGCAGAAGCAUGGCGAUGGAGAUGGCGAGACGCCCAGCAAAAUGGAGCCAGGCUCCAAGCGGCCCAUGAACGCGUUCAUGCUGUUUGCGCAGAAAUACCGGCAAGACGUGACAAAGCAACAUCCGGGCAAGGAUAACCGAGCUAUCAGCACACUGCUUGGUACGUACUGGAAGGAGCUUGACAAUCAAGCACGAGUUGCGUACGUUGUUGAGGCCCGAGCUCUCGCGCAGCAGCAUCAGAAGCUGUAUCCCAACUGCUGGAAGCGCAAGCGGACCAAUGCGGCUGCCGCUGCCGCAGCAGCAGCAGCCAAGAACUGAACCAAACCGACGUGCAAAGGUCUCUUUGAACUAUAAACAAGCUACUGGUACUCAGUAGCGAACACUGGAUAUCCCUGGUAGAAAAUGAAGCUAUGUUUCCUAUUUAGGUAGCUAUAGGCGAUUGCCAUGUCUCCAUUGUCAACUAUGUACAUACACCAUUGCCCUUUCUACAUUAGAAACCAACUUCUAGGUGCUAGGGAAUUUUCUUAUAUGCACUAUGCAAUGAAUGAGACCUUUUUCAAGAAUAGAGCCUUAGAGGCAUGACUGAAAUUGCGCGAUAAUAUUGGUAAUGGAUUAUUCCAAUCCAAUACUGAGCUCUUUUUAACUCAAUAUUUUAGGAACUUUACGGGAAUUUACAAUGAUUCCGUCCAACGUUCGUAGGAAUCAACAAAUUAUCAAUAUUAUUAUUUCAAUCAUCUCGGUUUCAAUACCGGGUAUUUGUAUAGGCAAGUAGUUGGAUGUUGCAGCCUGAAUAUAAUGUGAUAAUUGAUAGCUAAUAUAUUAGAUUCUUGUUUAGUUUGACUCGCGACAGUCAUUGUGCUGUCCUUAUACAAACGGUGAAAUGACAACCACCCCGCUCCCUCGAACUGUAUUUACAAAGACGUUGCGUUUUUCCUGA